AUGCCGCCUAAACAGCCCCAGACAUCGUUGUUUCAAGUAUUCCUGCGCCUGCGCCCGCCGAUGGCUCAGAAACCAGAUGAAUCUGGGCGUUUUCUUACCGUGGAGCCUCCUGAGUCUUCACUUGAUGAAACUGAAAUUGUCUCGCGAGGCUCAACACAUAUUACCCUUCAGCCUCCUAAUGAUACGAGAAAGCGCGCGAUUGAGAGGUUCGGUUUCACCAAGGUCUUUGACGAGAGCGCUUCGCAAUUGGAUAUUUUCCAUGACACUGGGAUGGAACCCAUCAUUCGGGGAGUGCUGAAGGAAAAUCGAGAUGGUCUAGUUGCUACGCUCGGAGUAACGGGCAGCGGAAAGAGCCACACCAUUCUAGGAUCCAAGACACAACGAGGAAUGACCCAAAUGGCACUCGACGUAAUCUUCCGUUCCCUGGAGCCGACAAUUAAAACCGAAGAUGGCAGCAUUACUCCCGUAAUGUUAGCUUCACUGGCCACUGCAGAUGCAUCGGAAGCCCAGUUGUUCUCUGCCCAAACAUUCUUGGAAGCUGUAUAUGGCGAACCAAACGGACGUUCUUCAAGAGCGCAAACACCCAUGAGUCCGGCUCGUGCCAAUACCCCACUCUCGGUACGAUGCCCCCUUGCCCUGAAAACCCUCCAUGGAUCGCCGACCCCGCGAGCUCGUACACCUGGAUCGUCUCUCCCGAGGCCAAGAUCUAAAGCUGGAACCCCCCGCAAGGUGGAAUUCUCUUCUGUGGCCAGUCCCAUUAGCACUGAUCGAGCUGGCAUUGGCCAAACCUCGACUGAGUAUUGUGGAUGGAUUACCCCAGGAUUUAUUAAUCCAGUCCCUUAUACCCACUCCCACAAUUUUGAGCCACAAUCAGCUAAAUCUCGACUUUAUGUCUUCAAGGAACCGAGCCCUGCAUUAAACUUUCCCCGACGCCACGCACGCGAAAGACCUGAUGCUCUACCUAGACUUCCGGAUAUGAGCCACCUGACUGUGGAUAUGGAUCCAAAGUCUGACUACAUUGUUUUGGUAUCUAUGUAUGAGGUAUACAAUGAUCGAAUUUUUGAUCUUUUGUCCCCCGCCAUUGUUACUGGUCAAGGAAACACGAUGUCCCGCGGAAAUAACCAAAAGGAUCGACGACGCCCCUUGCUGUUCAAGCCCACCGAAGGUUCACCGGAUCGCAAGUUGGUUGCAGGACUUCGCAAAAUCGCUUGCAGCAGCUAUGAAGAGGCACUGGCCAUUUUGGAUGUUGGUCUAACCGAGCGCAAGGUGACUGGUACUGGAAUGAAUAGCGUGAGCUCUCGAAGUCACGGCUUCUUUUCCUUGGAAGUGAAGAAGCGCACAUACUCAAAACGCACCGGGGAAUACACCUGGGUUGGAAAUGCCCUCACUGUUGUUGAUCUUGCUGGCUCUGAGCGCGCGAGAACGGCCAAGACAGCUGGCGCCACUCUAGCUGAGGCCGGUAAAAUCAACGAAAGUUUGAUGUAUCUCGGUCAAUGCCUACAGAUGCAAAGCAACAUCCAGGAUGGAAUGAAGACUGCACUUGUUCCCUACCGCCAGUGUAAACUAACCGAGCUCUUGUUCUCGAAUUCGUUCCCUUCAUCCUCUCAGAUGUCCCGGGGACAGUACCCACAAAAGGCAGUCAUGGUAGUCACCGCCGACCCACUGGGUGAUUUCAAUGCCACCUCUCAAAUCUUACGCUAUUCGGCGUUGGCUCGCGAAGUUACCGUUCCUCGGAUGCCCUCGCUCUCCGAGUCCAUCAUCUCUGCGGCAUCUGGCAGUCAUCGCUCAGUCAGUGGCCGUACGUCACCUAAUUUCGAGGCCAUUGAAGAGCUCCAGAAGGCCGCUAGUGAGAUUACUCGCCUCACCCGCGAUUGCCACGCACUCGCUGUAAAGCUUGCGGAAGAAGAGAUUGCACGCGCUGAGGUCGAAACAAGGCUCAGGGCUGCCGAGGAAAGAUGUCUUAUCAUCGAGCAAGAUGUACGCGAGGAGUGCUGGGAAGAGAUGGACGAGAAAAUGGAAGAGGAAAGGAAACGGUGGCAGAACGCAUGGGAUGAACAGAUUGGCCGCAACGAUGAGCACAUUGACAAGAAGGUUGAACUUGUAUCCCGCGGAUUUCAGAUUUUUGAAGAUUUCGAUGCCAAUGGACGAAUGGACGAGCUCGAACAGGAAAACGACCAGCUUCGUCGCAAACUAGCCGCUCUUGAACGUGAAAUGCUCAGCCAAUCUCCAACCAGAAAACCUAGGACCAAGACUGUCGCGCCCGCGCGAUCUAAUCUUCAUGGCCGCGAGAGCGACAUUGAGAAUGCGCUGCAGCGUAUGGAUCAGCUGAAGCUCGCUGAUACCAUGUUUGCUCCCCCGUCCCCGAGUGCAUCGCCUACCAAGAAGACAAGGAAAAUGGGGACGCGGAAAUGGGACCUUGCACCUGAGGAUGAGAUCUAA